GGACUUGAGUCUAUGGUAGAAUUAGAAUGAGAUACUCGGACCCAACUCCCAAGUCGAGGAUAAAAGCAAAAGACGAAGAAAAACAUGGAAAUGUUGACAUUGGUAAGAUUAAGUGCAUCCAUAUCAAUAUCAAUACCAAAACUACGAGUGGUGCCAUUGAAUUUAACGGGUAAAGCAAGACAAAGAGAAAGAAGAGCCAAAUUUGUUGGGUUUUCAAUUGACGGCAGGAGCAUGAGCACCGAUGAAACAACAAAUCUAUCAGUGUCAGAUGUAGGAGAGAGAAAAUCUGAAGAUGAAGAUGAAGAUGUUGUGGUACAGUACGUGGUAUUAAGGAGAGACCUAAUUGACAAAUGGCCUCUUGGUAGUGUGGUUACACAAGGUUGCCAUGCUUCUGUCGCUGCUAUUUGGCAACACAAAGAUGACUCUUCCACUCUCCGUUACUGUUCUCCUCCUCAUGCUCUCGAUUCUAUGCACAAGGUUACACUUGAAGUUAAAGGAGAAACUCAGCUUGUCAAUCUUUCAGAAAAGCUCAACUCAGCUGGGAUUUUACACAAAUUAUGGAUUGAGCAGCCUGAGAAUUUUCCAACAUGUCUUGCUACUAAGCCAUAUCCUAAAUCUGUAGUAUCACCCUUUUUUAGAAAAUUGAAGCUUUGCAAGUGAUUCUUAUUACUAUGUCAUACUAUGCUCUCAAUCAUUUACUUUUUAUUGGACCUCAUUUUGCUUUUCUGGUUA